AUCCAACCACAACUGACUAUCUCUACAUUAUAACCUUGAUUUACAUCCACUGCUUUCCAUUUCACAAUGAAGCCCACCAGUGCGUUCGCGACUAUUGCCCUCACAUUCGCCGUUUCUGUAAAUGCCGCUGCAACGGGGUACUGUGAUCCUGGCUUGAAUUACUGUUCUUCUGUGCUCAAUGACGUCGGCAAUAAUGAUUCAGCAAUUAGAGAUGCACUCAAAAGUCAUGGCAAUGAUUUUGCCGCGAAAGCCCCGGCACUCUGGUCGAACUUUCUAUUCCAUUGCAAUGAUGACAGAUCACUUACGGUUGUUGAGAGCUGUGUCGGUUUCUGCCAGAACAAUGGGGUUGGAAAUAGUGACACUUGCUCCAAUCAAGGGCCAUGGAUUUGAAUGUUGGUAGGUGAUAGGAAGUGGUCAAAGACCACGUUGGCAGGGGUGGUGAAGGAUC